AUGUCCCAGAAGCAAAUACGCGCUGUUCGCGAUGAGGAACCUCCCAUCUUAGCACUGGAUCCGAAAAAACCGAAACCCCAAGGCAAAAUACGUCCACUCGGUCCGAGGAAACCUGACUCGAAAAAUGGGAAGCACUGUCCUAGGUGUGGCAAAGACCCUCAGCACGACUGGAAUCAAGGAAAAUGUAUGUACCGCCCUGGGAUCCAUACGCUCCUACUGUGAGAAGCCAGACCAUUGGUUAGCAGUGUGCAAUCGCCGCCUUCGUGUACACAAGGUUGACACCAGCUCAGAUGACGAUUCAUUUACAGAGGUGCUACACAUCCAUAUGACUCAGCCUGCCGAUAUCAUACCAGAUGACAAAAGGACCACAAGAUUCAGAGGGGAAAACAAACUAAUCAAGUUCAAAAUUGACACGGGUGCCCACUGCAACACACUUAUCCUUUCUGACAACCAGAAGAUCCAACACGAGGGCGAACUCAAAAGAUAA